CUUACAGAGAAUGCAUGGAUAAUGGGACGUGGGCGUUGAAGAGCAAUUACUCCAAUUGUGAACCCAUUUUGGAGGAGAAGAGAAAAUAUCCAAUGCAUUACAAAAUAGCGCUGAUCAUCAACUACCUAGGUCAUUGUAUCUCUGUGGGAGCUCUAGUCGUGGCCUUCAUUCUCUUCUUGUGCUUAAGGAGCAUACGAUGUCUUCGAAACAUCAUCCACUGGAACUUAAUCACCACCUUCAUACUGAGGAACGUUAUGUGGUUUUUGCUUCAGUUGAUCGACCACAAUAUCCACGAGAGCAAUGAGCCUUGGUGUCGAUUAAUUACAACAAUAUACAACUACUUUGUGGUGACAAACUUCUUCUGGAUGUUUGUUGAAGGAUGUUACCUCCACACGGCCAUCGUAAUGACUUAUUCAACCGAUAAGCUCAGAAAGUGGGUCUUCCUUUUCAUCGGCUGGUGUAUUCCAUGCCCUAUAAUAGUAGCUUGGGCUAUAGGAAAGUUGUAUUAUGAAAAUGAACAAUGUUGGUUUGGUAAAGAACCUGGAAAAUAUAUGGACUACAUUUACCAGGGACCAGUUAUUCUUGUGCUAUUGAUAAACUUUGUUUUCCUCUUCAACAUAGUAAGAAUUCUUAUGACCAAACUAAGAGCUUCAACCACGUCUGAAACAAUUCAGUACAGGAAAGCCGUGAAAGCAACGCUGGUCUUGUUGCCCCUGCUGGGCAUCACCUACAUGCUCUUCUUUGUGAAUCCGGGGGAGGACGACAUCUCACAAAUUGUUUUCAUCUAUUUCAACUCCUUCUUACAGUCUUUUCAGGGGUUCUUUGUGUCAGUGUUUUACUGCUUUCUAAAUGGAGAGGUGCGUUCUGCCGUAAGGAAACGGUGGCACCGCUGGCAGGACAACCACGCCCUUAGAGUGCGAGUAGCACGAGCCAUGUCCAUCCCCACGUCUCCAACCCGGAUCAGCUUCCACAGCAUCAAACAGACCACAGCUGUGUGACCAGCACAUAAUCUCCACGACAACAUCUGAGGGAACACACUUAAUCUUUUUGUCCAGUACAAACAUUGAAGUGAUUUACAGAACAGACUGAUUCCUCUAAAAAAAACAAGCCACAGUGUGUCCAGUGGGACUGAAGAGCCAGGCAAUUUCUCUUGUCUGGUGGGAACAAUUACUAAAAGUAGACUUCACCCACACAUGAAGUAAAAUGGACACAUAAUUGAUUGAACAUGAUUCUUAAAGAUGUAUCUCCCGUAACACAAAGUGUACAUGAGGGUUUGACUUUUUCUGGAGAGUAUAUAAAAGAUGGCGUCAAACUGUCACAUUACAGAGAGUCUUAUCAUUUGAUCUUAAAGCGUUGUAAUCGAUGUCAUCUUACUGCUUAGUGGUUGUUAGUGGAGCAAGAUAACCCUCCGGGGGUUUGCAGCAUUACACUUCAACAGCUUAUGCACUUAUUGGCAUCUGCUCCAUUGUUACUUAGAUGAGGAAUACUUGCAAUUUAUUCAGAUACAUCGAUCAAACAUUUUUGACAGAUUUCUUGAGUGAGAUGAAUGUCAAAAUGCAAAAAUGCUCUUUGGCAUCAACAUCUGCAUUUGACAGAAACAGGCUUUAGAGAAGAGAAGGGUUCAACUGAAUUAAAUGUAAAAUAAAUCUAGGAAAUAAAAGGCGUUAGAUUGAAAAGAGUCACUGCUCUCUCUUGUAAAAAGAUAAUUAGAGGUCGAUACGUUUUUGAUGAUUUUAUACAAACAAGCCAUUCUAAUGGAGCCUUUGUAAUGUGUCCUUAGAGCAGUUUGAGUCCUUUAAGUCUUUUAGACGGUGUUGUAUUAUUUGUCUCGUACUGUACUGUUGUAAACCUUGUUAAAAUACUUAUUCAGCUUCCUCGCUUUUCCAGCUAUCUUUUUUUUUCAACUCCAUUUUUUCCACUUCCUCUUUGUGGGUUUUUGCUUCUUCUUUUCUCUCCUCAGAGCAGGAGGGUGUGAACAUAACGAGCCGUUUAAUGAUUCACACCAUCUGUGUGAAGCUGAUGGAUGAGCAGCCCCAAAUUAAAUCUCUCCAAAUGAGUAAAGAUAAGAUUAUAUAUUACACUAUAUAGAGUUGAGAAAUUAUAAAGUAAAAAUAGGGCAUUCAUGUAAUGUAUAUGUGUGGUAAGUGACUCGCAUGGAUUUAUCAUGCAGGCACAGUGGAUGCAGAUUACAUUGUUUUGGCUUUAUGAAAUCCUUGGGGCUUUCUAGUAAUCAGUGUCACAACUAAGCUGUUGGUUUACGUGAAAAAAAGCUUGAUGAAAUGAGCACCAAACACUUCCCCUGUAAUGCUAACUCUUACAUCUGCUCAGGCUGCUCACACAAUAAUUGGAACAAAUAUCUGCAAAGUCAAACUGCAAAACAUUUUUUUUUGUUUUCUCUAAAAGGAUGAAGAGGGGAGAACGUUUUAAAGCAUAUCCUCCUUUGUGUGUCCCUUACAUUUACUACAUGCAGUAACAUCAACGUACGUCUGUCAGGGGCUACAGUUAAGAAUGUUUAAAGGAUUACACUUAUUCACUUACCUGCCGAGAGUUAGAAGAUUAAUACCACUCUCGGAAAGUGGUAUUGAUCUUCUCAUCUAACCUUCAGCAAGAAAGCGAAUACGCAUUUUCCCCAAACUUAAAUGAUCUAGUUUUAUUAUAGUUGGGGUUUUGUAUUUAUUUAUUUAUAUUUCUGUAGUUAUUUGAUUCUUUCAUCAGGAUUAAAUUCACUGGAUUUAUUGUGAAGUUUGGAUUUAAAAAACGUUUUUUUUUUUUAAAUAUACUGAAUUUCUGUUUUCAAUUUGUUUGAGGGUAUUGCAUAGAGCAUAACAUAUUUCAUCACUCCUGGUGGUAAAAUGUACAUUUCAUACUUGUAUUUUGUAAUUUAUUUGUUACAUUACAGCUGACUUUGUUGUUGUUGUUGUUGUUGAUAUGCUUUUCCACUGGACUGACAUCAAAUGUUGAUCACCCAAAGCCAUUUUGAUGUAAAUAUUUUAAUGUAACAUUUCUGAAUUUCUGUUUUCAGCAUCACAACUCGUGCAUCUGUUGCGCACCCACUCAUGACCUCAUCAUGUUAUGUUAACAUAUAAAAAAAUGCAUAAUUUAAUAUUUUCAUACAGAAAGAAGUAAACAAAUCAUUUAUUCAAACUCACCAAAGAGACAAACCAUGUUUACCUGCAUCCAGAAUUUGUAUUGUCUACAUAUUUCCUUUGUUGCCAUUGCACUUUGUAGACCAACUCUUGUUCACUUUAUUUUGUACACCAUUUAUUGUACAUUAUGAAAUGUAUUUAAUGCAGUGUGAUGUCAGAUUUGUUAACUUAUUACUGUACAUGAAUACUUUUGACAUACUGAUUUUGUUGAACCACCUAUGUUGCCUUACAAACAAAAGAAAAGGAAGCUAGUGUAUCUGUAAAUGAUGUAUCAUUGUGUUACUGAUAUACAUUUGUCCAUGCACAUGUUAAAGGAAAAAAAUAUUGAUUUGAAUUAAAAUAAUACUCUUA